AUGCCGGCUGUGCUGGCGUCGUCGGUCGUUGUCGUCUCGGCAGAUCGAGCGCACCGCAUGCAGCGCAGCACCAGCACGGAGGCGCUUGGUCGAGGAGAAGAGUCCAUUCUGACUGAUGAGGAAGAGAUGACUGCAGCAGCGGGCAUCUUCUGGCAGGCUGGAUAUGCUGCAAACGUCGAUCCGAGGAAGGGAGUCGUUGGUUAUUUGUAUCUUGUGUCCCGUGUCGUCUGGCGAGCCGGAGGAGUCGGCGGGGUGGCUUAA